GUGGGCAUUCUGGGGGCACGAGAGGUUCCCAGGGUGGUCCCGGCGGUUUUGGGGGUCCCGAGGGGUUCUCAGGGGGCCCUGGCGGCCUCGGUCCAUGCUGGGUCUGGAGUCGUGGUGUUCCCCCCCCCGGCUCCUCCAUUAUGUCGAUCCCUCAGGCCAUGGCGGACCCUUCGCUGCUCUCGGCCGAGCUGGAGGCGGACGAGGAGGCGGCGCUGCGGCGGCUGUUGCUGCAGGUGACCCCGGACCGCGAGGAGGCCCCGCGGCCCUGCCUCGCCCGCGCGGUCACCCCGCAACCGGGGCUGUGCGUGAAGACCCGCGCGGGGGGGGACAAAGUGUUCGUCAAUGUUUGUCACUCGCCCGAGGUGCCGCCGCCCCCCCCCGUGUCCCCCCCGGGCCUCCAGAGGCUCCUGCGGGAGCCCCCCGGCCCCGACGGCGGCUUCCGGAUUCCGAUGAGCCUCGGGGAGCCCCACGCCGAGCUCGACCGAGGGGGUCGGGGCUGCACUGCCUACGAUGUGGUGGUGAAUUCGGGCUUUUUCCGGACGCUCCAGGCUGAUCCUUUGUACCUCGAGUUUUUCUUGACCGUGGCCAUGGAGGGGCUGUCGGAGAAGUACGGGGUGGAAUUGGAGCUCACUGGCUGGCGGGUACUGCGGAAUCGGAAAUUCCUGGGCUCCAUCUCAGCCCAAAACAUCCGGGCCCGGCCCCGGCCCCACAUCCAGGAGCUCCCAGGCCCCCCAGACCCCCCUCAGUUCGUGGUGGUGGCUGAGCCCUCAGCCCAGGACCCGCAGGUGCUGCAGGCCCGCGUCCACCUGCCCCAUGUGGAGGGGGCGGAGUCUCUCUGGCUGGGGUUGAGUGACGAGAGGCUGCUGCUGGUCCGCCCGCCACCAGGGAGCGCUGCUGCGGAGCGUGGGGCGUGUCCUCCCGCCCGCGAGGGGGCGCUGCUGGAGCUGGGGCUGCCCCUCCCCGCCGACCCCGCGCGGUGCCGCGCGCGCUUCCACCGCCGGUCCAAGGUUCUCACCGUGACGAUGCCGCUGCGGGCGUGAGGGAUGUGUGACCCCUCCCCCACGACAGGACCCCCGAGAGCUCUCAGGGUUGCUCUGGACCCUCCCCAGGAUCGUCCCGGACCCUCCCGAGUACCCCAGCUUGGGCUCGUUCUGGACUUCCCCUCAGGGACCCCCUUCAGGACCCUCUGACCCCUUCGGGGCUCCAUCAGAACCCUCCUGGACCCCCCCCCCCCCCCCCCACACACACACAUCAGGAUCGCCAUGGACUUCUCCUUGGGGAUCCCCCUCAAGAUCCUCAGACCUCUUUGGGGCCCUUGUCAAGACAGUGCUGAACGCCCCAUGACCACCCAGGGAUUCUCCUUAGCACCCCCUGAUCACCUCCAGGAUUGUCCGGGAACCCCCCCCGAGACCUUCCUGUUCCCCCUCAAGCCCCUCCUGGCCCCCCUUCCCACCCUGCGCAUUCUCUCAGCUCCACCCCCUCCCACCUCCUUUUUUUAUACGAAACCCCCCAAUAAAAGUU